AAUGAAGCCACUGCCGCUGGUGCAAAGAAUUCUGGGAUGUCUGAGAGUGAAAUGGAUGGAAAGACCCACAUUCCAACUCUACUUAAUGUCCUUUGGUCCAGAAAUCGGGUCAUGCAAAUGAGCUACUUGAAAAGUAAAGAAAAAGGAUAUGGAAAACUAAGCAGUGAUGAAGACCUGGAAAUAGUUGUUGAUCAAAAGCAGGGAAAAGGCUCUAGGGCGGCAGAUAAGGCUGUUGCCAUGGUGAUGAAGGAGAUACCGAGGGAGGAGUCUGCUGAAGAAAAGCCCCUCCUUACUAUGACAUCACAGCUGGUGAAUGAACAGCAAGAAAGCAGACCCCUCCUGAGUCCCUCCAUCGAUGACUUUCUCUGUGAAACCAAAUCGGAGGCAAUAGCAAGGCCAGUAACGUCCAACACAGCCGUAUUGACCACAGGUUUAGAUCUCCUUGACCUGAGUGAACCUGUCUCUCAAACCCAAACCAAAGCCAAGAAGUUGGAGACCUCAUCGAAAACCUCGUCCUUCAAGAAAAAGGCUGAUGGGUCUGACCUCAUCAGUGCAGAUGCUGAGCAGAGAAGCCAGGCUCUCCGAAACUCAGAGAUGGCAUCCUUAGACUUAGACAUUCAAACACAACUGGAAAAAUGGGAUGAUGUAAAGUUUCAUGGAGAUCGAAACAGCAAGGGGCAUCCCAUGGCAGAGAGAAAAUCAAGCUCAUCUAGAACUGGAUCAAAAGAACUUUUAUGGUCCUCAGAGCACAGAUCUCAGCCAGAGCUGAGUGGUGGGAAAAGCGCCCUGAACUCUGAGUCAGCUUCGGAGCUGGAAUUAGUGCCUCCAACACAGGCUCGACUGACCAAAGAACAGCGCUGGGGAAGUGCAUUGCUUUCCAGAAACCACUCCUUAGAAGAGGAAUUUGAAAGGGCAAAAGCAGCAGUAGAGUCAGACACAGAGUUUUGGGAUAAGAUGCAAGCUGAAUGGGAAGAAAUGGCCCGGAGGAACUGGAUAUCAGAGAACCAAGAAGCACAGAACCAGGUUACAAUCUCAGCUAGUGAGAAGGGAUAUUACUUUCACACUGAAAACCCCUUCAAGGACUGGCCUGGAGCGUUUGAAGAAGGCUUAAAAAGGCUGAAGGAAGGGGACCUGCCAGUUACCAUCCUGUUCAUGGAGGCAGCAAUUCUUCAGGACCCUGGAGAUGCAGAGGCAUGGCAGUUCCUCGGGAUAACCCAGGCAGAGAAUGAAAAUGAACAAGCAGCUAUUGUCGCCCUCCAGAGGUGCUUAGAAUUGCAGCCCAACAACUUGAAAGCUUUGAUGGCUUUAGCCGUGAGUUACACUAACACUGGCCAUCAGCAGGAUGCCUGUGAAGCUUUAAAGAACUGGAUUAAGCAAAAUCCAAAGUACAAAUACCUUGUGAAAAGCAAGAAGGGAUCUCCAGGCCUCACCCGGCGGAUGUCUAAGUCUCCUGUUGAUAGCUCUGUUCUGGAAGGAGUGAAGGAAUUAUAUCUGGAGGCUGCCCACCAAAAUGGAGAUAUGAUUGACCCAGACCUGCAGACAGGUCUGGGGGUACUGUUCCACCUGAGUGGAGAAUUUAAUAGAGCAAUAGAUGCAUUUAACGCUGCCUUAACUGUUCGGCCAGAGGACUAUUCAUUAUGGAACCGUCUUGGGGCAACCUUGGCGAACGGAGACCGCAGUGAGGAAGCUGUGGAGGCCUACACUCGAGCACUGGAGAUUCAGCCAGGCUUCAUCCGGUCCAGAUACAACCUGGGGAUAAGCUGCAUCAACCUGGGUGCCUACAGAGAAGCGGUCAGCAAUUUUCUCACUGCCCUCAGUUUGCAAAGAAAGAGCAGGAAUCAACAGCAAGUUCCUCAUCCUGCAAUCUCUGGGAAUAUCUGGGCUGCCCUCAGAAUUGCCCUCUCUCUGAUGGACCAACCGGAACUCUUCCAGGCAGCUAAUCUCGGUGACCUGGAUGUCCUCCUAAGAGCUUUCAACUUGGAUCCUUGA